CAGAUGCGGCGAGUGUCAAUUUGCACACUAUAGAUUUGGCUGCGCAUGCUGACAUUUGCUCCAAAUAUAUUUCUCCGAAUAAAUAAGUGGCAUGUGGAUAUUUGCAUAAAACCACGAAGAGAUGCGAUGUUUAAAUGAGUAGCCCGAGGACGAAGAGCUGAGGAGAAGCUCGGCGAAAAAAGUGCCACACAGUGAUUCACCAGCAGACUGACUGACGUCUCUCCGGUGUUGCACAGCAAGUCCCGCAACCCGCUGCUUAUUUUGCACACUCGAGUCGAGCCGAGCAGUCGCCGCCGCCGCAACUCACGGGCGGAAAAGAAAGGACAGGAAGAAGUUGAGCAACGACUGGCGCUAGUUUUGCGGCAUGUUCAACCUGCGGCAGCCUCCGCUGAUAAACACCGACCCAGCAAGUGUUUGAUUAUUUUUCCUUUUUUGGCUUGCUCCAUUUUCUUCGUCUUUUUGCCCUCUACAGCUCAUGUAAAGAAACCUCUCAGCAGUGCAAUGAUGUGGACUUCUCAUGAUACCGCUGGAUUUAUUUUCUUGGCUGGGUUUUGUGUGCAUUUUGGAUUCUCCUUUGAAGGUCGCUUCACUGAUCUACCCUCUAACAUGACGGUUAAAGAGGGACAAAACAUAGAGAUGGCGUGCGCGUUCCAGAGCGGAACCACGUCAGUUUAUUUGGAGAUCCAGUGGUGGUUCGUGAAAGCGCCGGAACCCACUGAGGCUGUCGAGGAUGUGGAAACUGAAGAGAUGGAGAUAACACCAGAGCCUCAUCCUGAUGACGAGGGGACAAAAAUAAGUACAGUCAAAGUGCAGGGCAACGAUAUCUCCCACAAGCUACAGAUCUCCAGAGUCAGCAAGAGUGAUGAGGGCUUGUACGAGUGCCGCGUUACACAAGCCAACUAUGGAGAGAUUGUGGAUUACAAAGCCCAAGCUUGGCUGAGGGUCAACGCCUCUGCCAGAGCAAGACGUCCAUUGCAACCUCCCAAGAAAAGCUCCCCACUGCACCUGACAGACAAGAAACCAAGAAAGUCCACCUCAUCUUUGGGCCAAGACAGCAUGAGUUCAGACCAGAGAGUGGACUCCUCGUCUACCUCUCACACAUCGUCCAAUACGGAUAAACACAACCCCAGCUCAGGUACAAGAAUAUCAGCCUGCUACCAACUGGUUAUCAUCCUUCUGGCUUAUGGUUUGGUGAGGGAGGCCUUGUUAUAAAAUGCAGAGGGGAUAUGUAUGAGGAACUGGCUUGGUUGGAACCAGAUCUCACUUUCUCUCUGUUUACUCUUAAAGUGAACAAGAGAUUUGCUUGUUUUAUGUCCUCCUCCAACACUACCAUGCGGACAUCACAGUAUAGCUAUUUCCCAGCCAUUACUACUUCUGCACCAAGCACAUUAUUAUUAGCCUCUACAAAAAUAUCUGCCUCCUUAGAAUCAGAUGGAUUACCUUUUCUACAAAGGUCAUCUUUACACCAUCUAAGGUGCAAUUCUCUAAUGUGAAAAUGGACUCCUGUUAGAUAACUCACAUGGAGGAAUCACUUUCUUAUUGUUUUGCUGUUGCAGUACAUGUGUUCAUUUCUUCAAAUGAACAAGAAAAAUAAGAAUCUAUAUUUGUGUUAUAAAUAUAUAUAUGAAAUUAUAUAUUCAUCUGUUUGAUUUUAAACACCCAGAGUUAAUGUUUGUGCCGUAUACAUAGCUGACACUGAUACCAUAUGGCUCUCAUUUCAUUGUGAAUAAGCCCCAUUUACUGCUAAAAAAAAUGUUAAAAAGAAUUUCAUUUUUGACUGUUAACAUUAGCCUUCAUUUAUUUCAUUUGUCUUUAAGCUGUCCAAAUGAUCUAGUGUGCAUAAAUUUACAUCUCGUUUGUGAUACAAAUGUGCAUGCUUGUUGAUCAAGGCUUAAAGGAGGGGAGUGUACUACAUUAUUUGAACAUGAGUCAGCACUUGAAGUUCAGUGUUUCAGUAUUUCAGAUUUAGCUUUAUUUCAAUGUGCUAGCUUUGUUGUGGAAAAAAAUGUCCUUGUCAUUUUUAUUUGUAUUGCACCCUCUGAAUGAAUAAAAUGGAUGUCACAAUUCAUGAACAAUUCCCA